AUGGCGCGCCCGUUGCCCAGGAUGCCUGGCUUGCCAGAGCUGCUGCGUAUUUUUAAUGUCCGAGCCAAGAAAAAGCUCAGUCAAAACUUUAUUCUCCAUCAACCGUGUGCUGACAAAUUUGUGCGCGCAGCCGGUGACCUGCGCGACCGCGUUGUUGUGGAGAUUGGUGGUGGCCCCGGCAGUCUCACCCGUGCCAUCCUCGAGGCUGCGCGACGGGAGGGGCUGGCGGCUUAUGGACCUUUGGCCAUGACCCUCAUCUUCCAGCGCGAGUAUGGUGAGCGCCUCUUCGCGCCUCCCAACUCGCUGCACCGAGCCAAAAUCUCAGCCUUUGUCCAGCAGUACUGCAAUGUGUCACCGGGCUACCUUCUACCGCGCAAUGUCUUUGUUCCUGAACCUCGGGUUGAUACCAUGGUGGUGCAUCUCGAGUCCAAGCCUGAGCCGCCAGCCGUCGAUCCUGCUGUGUUUGAGGACGUGCUGCGCCACCUCUUUACGACGCCACGACGCCUCUUGCGCAACGGCAUGCAGCCUUUGCUUGGGGUGGCCACCUGUGCCGAGGCCGAUGACGUGAUGGCGGCUCACUUGCCAUGGUUUGAUCGUGACAAUUGCCGUCCCAAAAGCGUGCACAACGACCAGCUCACCGACUUGGCCCUACUUGUUCAGCAAAUGCGCCCGGUUCCCCCACCACAGUAG